CGCGGCGGCAUGCAGCUCUUCGUCAAGACGCUCUCGGGGAAGACCGUGAGCAUCGAGUGCGAGGAGUCGGACAAGAUCGAGGACGUCAAGGCCAAAAUCGAGGAGAAGGAGGGCGUGCCCGUCGACCAGCAGCGGCUCAUCUUCGCCGGCAAGCAGCUCGACGGCCAGAAGACGCUCCAGGAGGUCGGCAUCGACGAGGGCGCGUCCCUGUCCAUGGUCCUCCGCCUCCGCGGCGGG